CGCUGCACCGCCCGCCGCGGCGCGGGCACCAUGAGCGGCCCCGCGGGCUUAGCCUGGCUCUGCGCCUUGCCCUGGCUCCUGGGCGCCACAGCCCCAGCCACCCCCGCCACAGCGGCGGAUUUCGACCGGGUCUACGUGGGGACGGUGAACAUCAACCGCGAGGAGAUCUACUCCUUCCGCUACUCCAGCAAGCCGGGCCAGGCGGAUGCAGUGCGGGUGUAUGUGAAGAGCGACUCUGAGGACUUGCAGUAUCCCGUCCUGUUUGUAGUUCGCCAGCAGAAGGGGGUCCUGUCAUGGCAAGUGCCUCUGAUUUUUCGAGGCCUCUACCAGAGGACCUACAACUACCAGGAAGUGAGCCGCACGCUCUGCCCUUCGGAACCCACCCCUGAGACGGGACCAUCUGAGCAGAGCAUAUUUGUAGACGUGGCUUCUAUGGCACCGUUUGAUAUUGCGUAUGAGCUGCGUGUCACCCGGCUCAAGAGCUUCCAACUCACGACAGACAAAGCCUUUAACUUCACUGCCAGCCCUUCUCAGCCUCAGUACUUUCUGUACAAGUUCCCUCCAGAGGUGGAUUCUGUCAUCAUCAAGGUGGUAUCUGAAACCGUCUAUCCUUGCUCCGUUGUCUCUGUCCAGGAUAUUGUGUGCCCUGUGUAUGAUCUGGACCACAACGUGGAGUUCAAUGGUGUUUACCAGUCCAUGACCAAGCAAGCUGCCAUCACUGUACAGAAGAAGGACUUCCUAGGCGAGCAGUUCUUUGUUGUAUUUGUCAUAAAGCCAGAGGAUUAUGCCUGUGGAGGCUCUGUGCCUGCUUCUAUCACAGGAAAGGGCAACCACACCUGGAACCUACAACGAACAAAGAGCCUACAAGUGACCAUUGUACCUUCCAUUAAAGAGUCUGACUACGUGAAAGCCAUGCUCUUCAGUCUCCUGAGCUUCCUCUCCUUCUACCUGGUCUCGCUGAUCGUCGCCUUUGUGCACUACGUCAGGAUUCAGAGGAAGGCAUCCACUGAGAGAUACAGUCCAGAUGAUGGAUCUGGGACGGUGGCUUCCUCGCAUCCCAUCACAACUGGCACUCCUGAGGGAAGCAGCUAUGGAGCUAUCGACGAGUCCAGCUCCAGUGGCGGCCGGCAGUUGUCAUCCCCCGAGCGUGGGCCCCCCCACGGUUCUGACACGGACAGCUCGGUGGAGGAGGAGAGCGAUUUUGACACCAUGCCUGAAAUUGAAAGUGACAAGAAUGUCAUUCGCACUAAGAUGUUCCUCUACCUGUCAGACUUGUCCAGGAAGGAUCGGAGAAUUGUCAGCAAGAAGUACAAAAUCUAUUUCUGGAACAUCAUCACAAUCGCUGUGUUCUACGCGCUGCCUGUGAUCCAGCUAGUCAUCACCUACCAAACGGUGGUGAAUGUAACUGGGAACCAGGAUAUCUGCUACUACAACUUCCUCUGUGCCCAUCCUCUGGGGGUCCUGAGCGCUUUCAACAAUGUCCUGAGCAACGUGGGCCACGUACUGCUGGGCUUCCUCUUUGUCCUCAUCGUGCUGCGCAGAGACAUUCUCCACCGCCACUGGCUGGAAGCCACUGACACCUGCACCCUGGAGUAUGGAAUCCCCAAACACUUUGGUCUUUUCUAUGCCAUGGGCAUUGCUUUGAUGACGGAAGGGGUUCUCAGUGCUUGCUACCACGUCUGCCCCAACUACUCUAAUUUCCAGUUCGACACCUCCUUCAUGUACAUGAUUGCAGGGCUCUGCAUGCUCAAGCUGUACCAGACCCGCCACCCUGACAUCAACGCCAGUGCCUACUCUGCGUAUGCUUCCUUCGCCGUGGUCAUCUGCCUGGCUGUCCUUGGCGUGGUGUUCGGCAAGAACGAUGUGUGGUUUUGGGUUAUCUUCUCCUUCAUCCACGUCGUGGCCUCACUGGCUCUCAGCACUCAGAUUUACUACAUGGGCCGCUUCAAAAUGGAUGUCCCUGACGCAGACUUUGGGAUUUUCCGCCGGGUGGCGAUGGUGCUGUACACAGACUGUAUCCAGCAGUGCAGCCGGCCGAUGUACAUGGACAGAAUGGUGCUGCUUAUUGCUGGAAACCUGGUCAACUGGUCCUUUGCUGUCUUUGGACUGGUGUAUCGGCCACGAGACUUUGCCUCCUACAUGCUGGGGAUCUUUAUCUGUAACCUGCUGCUGUAUCUGGCCUUUUACAUCAUCAUGAAGCUGCGCAGCUCAGAGAAACUCCUGCCCAUUCCAUUGUUCUGCAUUGUGGCCACGGCUGUGGUUUGGGCUGCAGCUCUUUACUUCUUCUUCCAAAACCUCAGCAGCUGGGAGGAGACCCCGGCGGAAUCCCGAGAGAAGAAUCGCCCGUGUAUCCUGCUGAGCUUCUUCGAUGACCAUGAUGUCUGGCACUUCCUCUCAGCGGCGGCCCUCUUCUUCUCCUUCUUGGUUCUGUUAACGCUGGAUGAUGACCUGGAUUCCGUGCGCAGAGACAAGAUCCCUGUAUUCUGAAUGCCGGGAGGUGGUGGUGGGGGCCUGGCAUUCUUGAUUCUCCUCUGUGGAGGGAAUGGAGCCGGCAGCCAGCACUGUCUGGGGGGAAGAACCUGCCUUUGCACAAACAGCCCCCCAGGUUCAGAGGGAGGAGCAGCUGGAUCCCACACCAGCAAAUAGGAGGUGGCUGUAAUAAAUGAAAGCAAGACCUGAAGGGUAGACAACCCUGCCUGUUCCUGCUCCUGCCAAUCGUUGGAUCAGCGUAGCCAGCCAGCAUCCUGCGUCCUCUCCCCGCUGGCUGCAGGAAGUCAAGCAGCAGUGAGAAAGCUGUGGCUAUGGUGUGUGUUCCUCCAGGGGUGACUCAAACGGUGUUUACAUUUUCCUACAACCUCUGCUGCCACCCACCAGUCUGAAGCUGCCCCAGGGAGCAGUGUCUCUCUGCAUGGCAACAACCCCAGCAGUGCAGUGGGGACAUGAGACUGAGGUGGGGAAGAGCAGCUGAACCUAGCUCUUGAGUCCUUCGCCUACCUUGGAGUUGUAUUGCACCUUCUCUUCCAUCGCUAUGGUCAGCAGGGGCAAUGCAGGUUCCCCUCAUGUUUACAAGUGUUCCCUUGUGCCCAUUGGCCUCUACUAUCAACUGGGCUGCUCUGCACCUCUGACCACAUCCAUGGGCCCCUGCAGCCUGUGCGGGGAAGGUGUUAGCUCUGCCUGGUGCAGGUAGCAAACAAAGGACAGGCACACACCUGUAGCCCUAGUGUUUGGGCUUGAGCUGCUUCAACCUGCAGCUGGAAGAACCUUAGGCCAGUGAAAAGCAUCAGGCCCACCAAACUGAAAAGCAACAGCUGUGGGCGAUGGGGCACAGCAGCGGGGGCCUUCUACUACCUUCAUUGUGGUGGCCCUAAAUGUAGAUGAGUUUGCUCCUUCCUUGGACUGUGCUUUGGGAGGGGCAGGGGAGAGUUCAGGAGUGGCUCUCAGCUGGAGCUCAGCUUAUUGUUGGCUCCCCUCUUGCAUCUGAAAUGACAUCCCCUGUCCUGAGUACCAGUAGCAGUUUUGCACUUGACUUCAGUGAACGCAGGGUCAGGCCCAGAGUGAAGGAACUUGGGAACUGGGGUCUUUCAGAGAUGCUGAAUUUACAAGCUACCAUUUGCACUGGAGGGGAAGUUAGCAAAGCAGGCUCCUAGUGGGAAGGCGGGGGGAAUUCUCAUCCGAACUAUCUCCCCUCAGUCCUGCUGUAGCCAUACCACACUGUUGAAUUUUUGUAAAUAGCUUCUGCUUUUUUACUGUUGCCAUAAUUGCUACAUCAGUUAAAAACACAAACAUGGUGUGAAAUGUUGCAGGUGCUGUUGCUAACUUUUAAUUUAAAAAAAUAGUAUUAAUUAAAGGCCUCCUGUAACUUUUUAAAAAAAGUUACACUGGAGUAUGGUUGAAUUGUCAAAAGGGGGGGCGGGGAGGUAGGUGUAUGUAAUUCUGUGGCAGCUUUUGCAUAGAGGCCAUGAUCUGCCAGCAUUUACUUCUGUGGUGAAGCUGUGCGUGGAGAAGUGUCAGCCCUAGAAGAAGUCACAGGGCCUAGUUGAGAUGUACAACCCUACAAAUAGAGUUUUUCUAAUUCCCAGUCCCUCUGCCUUCACAGGGGCUAGUUCUUACCUUCUGCAUUAUUCUUGCUAAGAAAAGUGAUCCAGACCCCGUGCUGCCCUUACUGAGGCCUGUACAAACAAGCUGCUGGCAGUGGGCAUAAUUAAGAGCAAAAACGGGCCCUGUUAAUGGAACUUUAUAAACAAAGCUGGGGCUGCUGGCUGAGCUGGGAGUGAUUGUUUCAUUUUCACUUAGCCAUGUUUUCCUUGUAGGGCCACUGGAAUAAAGAACCAUCCUGGGGCAGCUAAUCUGCUGAAUGAGAUAAGGGCCUUUUUAGCUUAUCACUUCCCAAGUAGACUGACAUUUGGCCGUAGAUGCUUUCUAAGUGCCAAAUGACUCUGUCUGGAUAUGAGUGGUGGCAAAAUCUAAUGAAACAGCUUUAGGCGUUCCUUACAAAAAUGCUGACUACCUGCCGUGUCCAUGGCUUUCAGCUGGAGUUGUGGGUGCUCUUGCGUUAGGUUCCUCCCAAAUCAGUGACCUCUUUUGAAAAGAUUGGCCGAAAGGUUUGUACAAAGUGGGACUUGUUGGACUGUGAAUAAUCCUCAUCUGUUCCAAAACUUCCACCCGGCUCUCACCAUGUGUUCUUUGCUAAGAAUAAAUGACACAGUCCAGGGUCUGCUAUGCCCUGCAACAAAGCUGCAGAGGAGGAGAAGGAGAUGAAGAUGAAUGAGGGCAAAACAGGUUCAGGAAGGUUCCCUAAUGAGAAUUUUUUUUUGGGGGGGGGACACUAAGACUCCCCCAUUAACUGCAGUAAGGGUGAGCUCAUGAAAACAGCAUUGGCUAUAGGUCAGGCUAUGUCCCAGUGGUGCUACCUCAAGAAGUAUCUGAACAUCCCUCUACUUUGACUUAAUAAAACACCCGCAGAAGGUACCUCACCCUGUUUGUCCCACUAAUACGUUGGGUCCAAGGUGGUAGCAGCCAACGCCUCAGGCAGAGGGGAAUGCUCUGGAUGAGCACUGGGACAAGUGGUGGGACUGCUGUCAAGCAGAAUAGGUGAAGAGAUGCCUUCUCAUAGUCUAGCUCAGUGUUUCUUAAAUUUAAGAGCAAGGCAUACCAAACAAUUAUUUUUUAUGAGGUACACCAAGGACUGUUAGUUGAGGAAAAAGUUACCUGCCCCUUUAAGGGUGGCCAUUCUGAAUUCUGUUGUUCUCUGUGGAACACAGUUUAUGAAACACUGUCCUAUACCUUCCAGGGCUCGCUGUACCCUCCAGGCGAACAGCGCAAGGGGAGACUGAUGGCCACAAUCAGCUUCCCUUCAAGGUUCACAUACAGGGUGUGUGGUAGGGAGCUUUCACUGCCCUGAUAAAGAACCAGCCUUUAGUGGCAUCUGUGGACAAAGGAGGUGCUAGAGUCACAAAGGGAUUUAGGUGCCUACCUGCUAAGAUUUACAUGUGUAGCACACCUGCUCAGUACUGCCUAAACCUGGAGAUGCCACUUCUGAGCAAAGCUGCCGAAGUCCUGAUGAGGCUAAACUGCUGAGACAGACACACCUAAGCCUCAGAGGGCGUCACAUGCUAGGUCAAAACUGGUAGGCGUGCUCAGCGCAUAUUCACUUUGUAGUCCAGUGGAGAGGUAGGACACACUCCUUGGAGAUGCAGCCCCCAACUUGGUCCCCCAACUCCUGGGUGAGUGCUCCCCAGCCCGGGCUCAGGGUAGCACAGCACCCCCACCAACUAGGCUUUGUGUGGGGUUUUUUUGGGUGGGGGCGUUCCUUCCCCCUCCCCCCCCAAGAAGGGGCUGACGGUUUAGGCACCUAACUCCAGGACAGGAUUCACAACUGAGCAACCAGCACCUAUGCUGGCCCCUGCAUUGUAGGAGGAACUUGUACACCUAACUUCAAGAUGUGACAGCAACUGGCUAGCAGGGUGCUGAACUGUUAGGUGUUGUAAAUACUCAAGCCAAGUCUUCCUUGUCGUUCCCAUCCUGGAUACUCUACCCACUAGGUUUUCCCACCUUUUAUCAUCUGCCCCUCUUUAAAAAAAACCCAUAUCCAGUGUUAUUUUUCUCAGUUGGAUUUAUGCUUAGACUUAACAAACAGAAAAGUUGAGAGAAGCUACCACCUAGUGGUUGGAGGGGAAACUUUAUAAACUGAAAAGAACAGGGACACAGAAAGAAAGAAGGGGAAAUAACCUGGAAUUUGUGCAUAAGUGAAACAGUAAGAUGGGAACAGGCUCUGCCGUUAGGAUUGCUCGGGUAGACUGAUGCUGCCACCUGAGCAGUGCAGUAAUGUUUUAUAGGAUAAAGGCUGGCCUUAGUUAUGGUCUGAAAUGGAACUUCACACUAUCCCUAAGUAAGUGGAAAAAGCAAUAAAUUAUCUAAGAGGACCCAGAUGCAACCCUAUGCACAACUACUAAUGGAACAGGGGAUUAUACAGAAGAACCACAGCUACCUGAAGUCAGUUACUACCAAGGGAGAAGAGUUUAUGAGGCCAUGUACCUUACAAAGGGACAAGAUAAUUAAAGCAAGCUUAAUUAUCCAGGCUGAAUAUUAAGGAAAACUUUCCUAAGUGUGAGAUGUACAAAGGGGAGGAAGGGAGUAGUCUCAAGGGAAGAGGGCAGCCUCCUAUUGCUUGGGAUAUUUAAACUAGACUAAGAAAGUGCUAGCAUACAUAUUAUAGGAAACAAUCCUGCCCUGCCCCUAAGGGUGGGAAAUAAAGAGGAGACCCUAUUGAUCUUUUCUAUCUAGAUCUGUAUGAUUCAAUGAGGAUUUCAUGAGUAAAAUUCUACAACCAGCCAAUCAGAACGGAAAGCUCUGCUGCCAACAUUCCAAUCCAGCUUAGCUAAAUAUAGGAACAAAAUGUCAGUCAAAUAUACAUUGUUAUCCAGUCGAGGUCAUUUGUGUGCAAGGUGCGUAUAGCAAGCAGAUUCUCUCAGUAAGUUCAGCAGCUGUGUUUGUAGCAGCAGCAAGCAAAAGCUGCUCCAUCUCAUCACACACAAUUGCUCGAGGGCCAUGACACCUCAGUCACAAUGCAAUGGCUACUGCUGCCACUAAAUACCAAACAGAAGUGGAAGGGCAGAGGAGAAAGCAGCAGAAUGAGGCACUGCCUUUCUCACUGGAGAAUAGCUGAGAAAAAUACAAGAGCUCGCUACAAAUGAGUGUGUCUAAAAACUUCCUGGAAUUUCCUGAGCUUCAAAUGUUUAAAUACUUUAAAAAACCCCAACUAAUUUACAACUUUGUUUUUUUCCUAGAACUUGAUAUACUCUUAAGCAUCAUCCAAAAACUCAAAGUAAACAGCAAUUUAUAAUUUUUUUAAUAAAAUACUAUAAUGUUCAUUUCUAUACAAAUAAUUAUUACAACCAUUAAACAAAAUGUUACAUUUAACAAUAAAAAUCUCAGAACUUUGAACAAGAUAAUGGUUUGGGAUAUUUACACCUGAAUGCAACACAUUUGUAAAAAGAUGUCAAAAUAAACAGAACAAGAUCUUAUUUACAAUUGCAAGAUGUUCCUGAUCAUAUUUAUUAUAUAUUUCUGCUCUGGAUUUUUUUUCCCUUAAAAAAUAGUAGUGGGAGUUUCUACUGGGAUAUAACCAGGUACUUUAGAGCUGUACAAUCUGCUACACAGCAGAAAACUCUGAACUAAGUAUAAAUAAAAAUAUUACAUUGUGGAAAGUAAGAAUAUAUUUUAUUACUUUCUUGUGGUGAAAUCCAUAUUGGUGUUCCUGCGUGAGAGUGGGAAAAUGGGUACUCUACAUUAAUCAUCCCCAGGUAUGUGAGCAAUGCAAGAGGAUUGCAUGACAUAGUUGGAGUUUAUAGUAAGACUGGGAAAAUGGGAGCAUAUAGUGAGAGAUGGAGAAAUAACUAAACUUCUUUUAUGUGGAGUAGUUGUGUGUACACACAAACACGGAGCCACUAAAGAAGGCCACCCAUUUACAGAUACAAUGCACUGCAAAUGAUAACUGUUCUAUUAUAUUUACUCUGCCCAUGGCAAAUGUGAUUAUCAGCAAAUAAACAAUAUACUUUACAAGUUGCACACAAAGUAACUGUCAUUACCAUGAACAGAAGAGGGUUGUGUGACACCGUGGCCUUGUCUGCCCCAGGAAAUGUUUUCUAACAUUUCCAGCCAUUGCUACAACAGGUUCAGCUGUUAUUGGUGUUAGAAACUGCAGGAGUGCUAGUGCAGAGAUGGUGUUGGCAGCUGCCAGCCUUGUGUGCGAUGCAGGCCUGCUCUGACCAGCAUUAGACAACCUGAGGCUUAAAAAUCUAGUGCUCCCGUCCAUGUUACCAUGACAACGGGACUAGGGGUAGAAAGAGUGGGAAAUAUUACCAAAAAAUCAUAGUGUAGACAAUGAAUAAGGCCUUUGUACCAUUGAACAUUAAAACAAACAUUGGAGCAAUCUGGUAGAAAUUGAUCUUUGUAUACUUUUUUCUCCUCAUGCUCCCAAGUAAAAGGGAGAUCGAUUUAGUACAAGCCAGAUCUCCAAAAGGAUGAAGAGGGCGAAGGGAUAAAGGAGAAUCACAACUCUCAGUAUUUGGCUAAAUAUAGCUAUACAGAAGAAAACUACAGAAAAAUAGUCCACUAGUGAUACAGCCUCCGGACCUGGGUCUAAAAUGCCUCGGAAUAAAAUUAAAAGACAACAGUAGGUCAAAAUGACAACUUGAGUUCUUUUCUCUGGGUAGUCACUGGGACACUGCCAGAACACCGGCUUUCUGAAUAGCACUAUGGUCACCUGUCAUGGCAGCAGCAGAUCACAGCUUUAAAGUGCAGUAGGAAAUCUGUGCAAAAUUCAGGAGAUACUGCACACAGAGCAUACCAGAGCAUUUUGCAGAGCUGUGUUCUUGCAUCUACACAGCAGUUUAGUGAUCAGUGCAGAGGAAUAGGAAUCAAAAGAGUUGUGUUCUGAGUCUGUUAUUGACUCAGUCUGUGAUUUGGGGAAAAAUCACUUUUGUGCAUGAGGUUUCCCUGGUUACUAAAAAUAGGGAUAAAUACUUGCACAUUUUUGUGAGACACUUGGAGACCAACUCUUUCGAUGACAAUACUAAAGUAGUAUUAACUGUGUUGUGAGCUCCAUAUUGAACCUACCCCGAUUCCUCACAAUCCCUCACGGGAUGCAUGUGAAAAGGCUCAAAACAAGGCUCACUCAUGUGGGAGAAAAAUAAUUGAGUUUCAGGGAUUAUUCUAAACUAUAUGUUGGGGAAAAAAUAAUUUUUAAAUUGCUUCUAAAAAUACUCUGUCUUUUUAAUUGUCAAUAGGAGAAACAGAUGCCAAGUGGCUGUUGGUGCCACAGAUAUUUGAUGAGGAGAACAUUUGCCUGUAGAAAUUCCUAUUUAUAUGUUAACUGAACAUGCUGAACUCAUGUUGCUAUUUAAAAAGGUGCUCUCAGUUUGCAUAAUAGCUCUGAAAUUCUGGUCUUUGAUGUACACUGAAGAUAUGUAAUAAUCCUAAAAAUAGAGUUACCAAGUCAGUAGAAACCACAGAAGCCCCCUUUCCAAAUAAACUCGUCCAGAAAAUAUGUUUAAGGUUUGCUUUACAUCAAAGUCUUCCCAUUAAUCGGAACCCAAAACAUGUCCAUGUAAGUGCCAGAGGGAAAAAACCACUUAUUGCCACUGAAAGUACUUCAUAUGUUAAGUCCUUCCUCUUGCCUAUCCAAAAAUGAACAAACACCUUCUCCCAGCUUGCAGGCUAGCUGAUGCUGUCUCCCUAAAGCAAAGACAUUUUAUAGAAAGCAUUUGCAGGAACAUCACUCCUAGCAGCAGGGCUAGUCCCUUCUCACACUUAUACAGUCACAGUUUGGCCCCUCUACUGCUGCAUGAUAUUUAGUUCAGUAGCAAGGUGGGAGAGAGGUGACUGCACUUCUUCACACCAUCAACUUUAAUAAAAAAAAAACUCCUCUUACAACUGUGAAGCCUGUGACAAACCAUUGGCCCUGGGUGUGAACGAUAGAAUAAUUAGGUGCCUUUGGGAGCCUGUGCUCUAAGGCUGCUGCAGAGGAUACAUAUUUACCUUAAGGAAACAUACAGAGAAAACUUAGAGCAGAGAAAACACAGGAAAGCUAUUGCAAAAUAAGCUAGGUUGUGAAUUUGAAGCACAGCCGCUACUCCACAGUAGCUCUGUGAAGACAAUCUUAUUCUGCACUGAAUGCCUUUUAAGCUUAACUGCACAGAGGCACUUCUCAGUGCAGAAGAGACUAUACGCAGGGAGCAGAUGCAGAAUAAGUAUAACCACUCCUGGCAACGUUGCUGUGUAGACAAUGCCCUAGGGGUAUGUCUACACUAGCCCCCUAGUCUGAUCUAGGGAGGCUAAUGAGGGCGACCGAAAUUGCAAAUGAAGCGUGGGAUAUUUAAAUAUCCCGC